AUGAUCAUAAACGAAGAGUUUUACAAGCACCAUCUACAAGUCGUAUCGAGCGCCAUUCAGAGUGCCAGAAGCGUAGGCGUUGCCAUUCAUACCGUUAGCUUGUUGCACUUUGAGCUUCCAUACUACCAUUCAUGGGAACAACCUAAUCUACGCCCACUAUCCGAAUCUCUAAGACAGCUGCUGGGGAACAUCAAGGUCCUACGCCUGCAUGGGGUUGACGACAGUGUACUGGAGCUUCUGUCUCGCUGCGCAUUUGAUCUGCAUCAGCUUGACAUGUGUGGAGUGGUGGCUCCUGAAAAGGUCAUCAAGGAUUUUUUCGAGACCAACAAGAAAUCCAUUCGCUCUAUUGGCUUUCACGAUGUUGGAAUCCUUGGGUUGAACCGCUUGGAUAGCAAUACUCCACUGUCAGCAAUUGUUCAAGAUAUAGAUUACCCAACGUCAGUGAAAGGCCAUUGCGAGCUAUCCCACUGGAAUAUAGAGAGUUAUAUAGGGAGCAUUGGGCUUGAUCCCAUCGGAAACACAGAGCGCCAAUCUCCAAGACAAUACUCCUCAGAACAUACUAUGUUAGCCAACGACGCAGCCCAGCAGGAGCGAAUGCAACAGACAGAUAAAGAUGCAGAACGGGCUGUAUCUGGGCAAACGGACGAAGCUCAACGCCUUAUUUUUGAAGAUUUGAACACCGGUGAAGGCGCCCACCUUGUCAUUGUCUCAACUGCGACGCCCGGAAAUCCGAUUACAGCUAGGAAUAUCACCACUAGGAAUCGAACUUCCAAGUGGCUUGGUCAGAUGUCUGACGAGUCCCUACAGACACUCUCACAUAAUAAAGUGGAUGCUCUGUCAACCUCUACGCAUUUUGCUACUAACAAGGUGCUAGAGAAACUGAAUGUAGGGUUCUUGCAACAUGGACCACGGCGUAUACUCUGA